AUGUCCAUCUCAGGCGCCAUGCACGGCCGUCUGGCCAAUUUCUUCAUCUUCUUCACUGCCCUUUGCAUCCUCUGGCCCAACUCUGUCACGGCUCGCCGGCACAAGCUCAAGCCCGAACCCUCGAGUGACGACGCCAAGGUGGACGUCGUCUGGCGCGGGGACACCCGAACGCCGGACCAGGUGAAGCAAGCCGGCGGUCUCUUCCCGCACAACUAUAGGCCCUCCGCGCCCAUUGACCGCAUGCUUCCCAGCCCACGUUGGAAUUUCAGUCUCGACAGUCACCUGAGCGGCGGAGCCGAUUCGCCUUUCGUGAGCACCACGUCGGAAUUCUUCGUCGCCGGCCAGUUUGCCAUGGGCUGGCAGGGCGGCGGCGAGGCCUACAUCUACCAGAUCAAGACGACGCCCAACAUGUAUCCGGCCAAUAGCUUCGGCAGCAAGAUAUUCCCCGAACAGUCCGAAUACGUCGCCUUGGGUGGUGUUGGCUGGAAACAAAUCCAGGGCUGGUACGUCAUCGAUCGGGUCGCCGAACGAGAGGACGGUCGGUUCGCGUUUCAGGAUCGGAAUACCAAACCGGACCCGGGGCGGGAUCGAUUCUACGCCAACGAUGAUUAUCGGCAGGAUAUUUUCGGGAAACAGAGCCACGUUCGUCCCAAAGAUCUCACCCCCGUCGCUCUAUGCGAGCUCGAGCAGCUUUUGGGCAGCCGAAAGGGAGGGAGAGCCGACUGCGUCGGCAAGGGUGACGGCAAUGGCGACGGCGACCGGUCAAAGCCGUCGGAAACGGUCACCGGAAAGCCGCAGAAAACGGCGGAUCCGGAGAAAGGGAAAGAAGGCAGGGAAAAUGAGAGUCCAAAUCCGACAAGGUUGAGGGAAAAGCCCGAGUCCAAGACUGCCGGUGCAUCCAAUUGGAUUGCCAACAAGUUUGGCAGUCGUCCCAAGUCAGAGGUAAUGAUCAGCCCCGAGAACUAUCUUUGUCGUACUCACGAGCAUGAUGGGCUAAUUUCGCCGGCAAUAACGCCCCCUCUAGGCUUCUCGGAAAUCAAAGACUCAUGA